AUGGCCGAGAAUCAUGGUGGAGGUUGGCAAAUGGAGACUGUUGAUAGUGAGCGGUACAUGCUUAUACUCUGCACAAGGUUGACUGAAACCAAUCAGGAAGAGACCGGAGCCCAAUUCAUAAACGUAUACAACGUUCCAGGCAGAACAAUUGUUGCGGCGUACAACGUGCAUCCUGUCGCGUCGACGCAGGGCGAACCACCAAUUAAUAUCAACGGGCAACAAGUGAACUGGCAGCAGAGACUUCCGAAUGUGCAGAAGUGGUCCGACGUCACUGGUAUCAUCUGGGUGGACAAAGCUGGUAGUGCUGUUGGGAAUCUCAAGUACGUCUUCAGGCAAGCCAUCGUGACCGAUACGACCAAGGCGACUAUGAACGAGGCCUUUGAACGCAGCGGCUCUCGAAUCGGAUCAAAUGGUAAAUAUGAGAAGCGCUGGCCAGGCUACACAUACAAUGCGGGUUCCGAGGAGUUUGCGGCUCUUCUUGGAACGCUUCACGGCACAGGAGUCGCCUUUCUGAUCUUCACCACUCCCGACGUGAAUAAUGAUUAUCAUCAGCUGUGGACACUAUCGGGAUAA